UUGAAGGGGAGAGCUAACUACAGCUGGGAACAAGUUCAAUAUGCCCUUUGAUAACAUAAAAAGAAUAAAAUAAAAGAACCAAUCUUACAGCUAAUUGUUGGGAUCAUACUUUAUUCAAAGCAACGUUGGGUCAAACGCAUUUGACAAUUUCGUGACCAAUACUUCUCUCUCUCUUCUUUCUCUUUUCCAGUGCUUGAAAUGUGUGUCUGCACGUUUAACCUGUCAUGAGGAAUGAGGUCCAACCUCCACGCCACGGUUUAUAAAGACUAAUUAAUUAUCUACUGCAUUUGCAAACUCCAAGAAGAGGAAAGACUCAUGGAGGAGUUUCAAAUUCCAGAACCAGGACGUCACAACAACACGAGCGACAUUCGAUCCCUUGAGCACAAUCAACGCAAAUGGUGGAUCUCUGUUUUCUCCUGCGGCUUCUUGAUCUUAGCCGGAGACUCCCUCGUCAUGCUUCUCUUGAACUUCUACUACGUCCAAGACAACCGUUCAGAGAAUGAUCAAGACCAACAGUACAGAGGAACAUGGACGCAAGCUCUGCUUCAGAACGUUGCCUUCCCCAUCCUGAUCCCACUCUUCUUCAUCUUUCCUUCACCAAAACCAAAACCGGAAACAGUCUCUGAUCAAACCAACAAUCGCCAUCCUCCCUUUCUCCGUGUUAUCUUGCUGUACGUUUCUCUUGGUGUUCUUGUCUCUGUUUACAGCAAGUUGUAUGCGCUGGCUAGAUUAUACGUAGGUUGGGGUAUCUUGGUACCAGCUCAGCUGGUACUAACCUCCCUCUUCUCAGCUUUCAUAAACCGUCUCAAGUUCAACAGAUGGAUCAUCGUGUCCAUACUCUUCACACUUGCGGCCGACUUCUUCUGCUCCCCUGCGUUUUCCGGAGCUCCCACCGAAGAUGAAUCUUAUACUCACGGCAUCAAGGCUUGGCUGAUACUCAUACUACCUACCCUCGCCUUCUCCUUGUCUCUCUCCCUAACGCAGCUCGGCUUCGAGAAAGUCUUGGCCAAGACAAAGCGGUAUGGUGGUAACAACAAGAAGAUGGUAGUGUUCCGGAUGGUGCUGGAGAUGCAAAUCUGCGUUUCCUUCGUCGCCACGCUCAUUUGCCUAGCGGGUCUGUUUGCUAGCGGUGAGUUCAAGGAGUUAAAAGGAGAUAGCGAGAGGUUUAAGAAAGGGAGAACUUACUACGCUCUGAGUUUGGUCGGUUUAGCUCUCUCUUGGCAGGUUUGGGGGGUGGGGCUGUUAGGUCUGGUGCUCUUGGUGUCCGGUUUAUUCGCUGAUGUUGUGCAUAUGUGCGCUUCACCGGUUGUGGCUCUGCUCGUUGUGCUGGCUUUUGAUUUCGAGGGUGAUGAGUUUGGUUGGCAGAGAAGAGGUGCUUUGUUAGGAGCAGUCUUGGCUCUAGCUUCUUACUUCUAUCACCUGCACAAAACAAAGAAGAAGGAGACGGCAGAACUGAACAAAAGAGAGAACAACGACAACAACAGCGAAGAAGAAGCUUAAA